UGAAGUGAAUCUUCUUAGUUUGAUUAGCCUCGCUCACUCGUGUUGGCGGCAACAUUCCAACCAUACGUGUGUUCGUAAAGUUUAAAUCAUUCUCGCAAAAUGAUUUCUUGCAACCGUUUAUUUGUUUUGAUCCUUGUGCAGUAUGUUGCUCAUUUAACUUAUUCCCAACCGAGUGUGAAGUUCUUCCGGAAGGAUUACGAAUAUUUGGAGGCAACACAAGCUUUCUACAAGAUUCAUACUCUGCACAAGUCGUGGGACGACGCGAAGCUCAAAUGCGAAAUGGAGGGAGCCUUGAUGUUCUAUCCUGAAGAUGAAGACGAAGCCGCUGCUGUCACUGAAUAUUGGAACAACACGCAACCGUUUAGUUGGAUAUUUAUAGGGGUGUCGACACCGAACGUUAAAGAGGUUUUUGAAACUGUUGAUGGUAUUCCAAUAGCGGAAGUGUACUCCAAGUGGGGUCCGGGAGAGCCGAACGACGCUGGUGGUGUUGAGGGUUGUGUGGUGAUGCGUCGUGAUGGCACGCUCAACGACGACAAUUGCGAGAAGAAGUUCCCCUUCAUAUGCAAGAAGACCCUCUCAACUUUGGAGUGGAAUAAUUAUUGCAACAUUCCUGAUACGGCAUACGAAUUCAACGAGAAAAAGGGCAGGUGCUACAAAUUCCAUCUUAACCCUACGAAUUGGACGGAAGCAUACAAAGUGUGCGAUUCAGAGCAAUCGUACUUAGCAAUAAUCAACGAUGACGAGGAGGCGACGUUCCUAUCCAACUUGACGAACAGAGCGCCAAAAGACAAGGUGGAAGGCGACUACUUAAGAGGAGCGGUUCAUUUAGGAUUCAAGAAUAAUAACCAAGUCUGGAAAACUAUAAAAGGUGUGACAUUACGAAACAGCGGUUAUUCAAAAUGGGGCGGCGGCCAGCCCGAUGGCGGAGAGAACGAAAAGUGCGGUUCGAUGUUCUACAACGGCCAGCUCAAUGACAUCAGUUGCGGAACUAACCUGUUUUUCAUAUGCGAACAUGAAAUUGAUAUUUUAAGCACGGGCUACGUUCUAAGGAAAUAAAGGCAACAAUCCUGUGGUGGAGAACGUAAAAAAAGCAUUUUUAAAAUUAUCAAAGAAACGAAUGAAGAAUGUGAACCAGUGUGAAUUUUAUAUUCCUUUAGGUGCUUAGGUAGUUAAUAAUAUUAUGUUUAUGAAAAUUGAUAGUAAAUUAUAUGGUAAUAUAAUAGGUACUACCUAAAAAGAUAUAGUUAGAUAUUUAGUAAAAAAAUACGCUUAUUCCUAUUAAAAUAGUUUUGUAACUCUUUGUUUUUCUCAACCCCAUCUUUUUGGCAUAAAUAUGUGGAUAGGUACACGUAGUCAUUCAACGUCUAUUAUAUAAAAGGGAUGCACCAUUUCGCAAGAAGCAUAAUAUGAAAAAUCAUGUGAAAAACGUUUUCAUUUAUGUAACAAAUUCAACCUUAAAAAGUAGUAGUAUUCAAGCUUAAAUCACGAAGCGAAAUCUUACAAAUUUUGAAAAACACCAUUUAUUUUUUAAAUUUCGUUCACGUAUGGUCAUCGACCCAAGCUAAGACGCUAAAGAAGCGAGCGAGAACACUUGCAUCGCUCUCUGUUAGAAAGAGAAAAACAUAUAGAUAAAAUGUAAGUAGCAUUGUAAGUGCACAAAUUGUAAAAUCACUUUCCGUGAAAAACAUCCUAUGAAAUAUCAGCGCUGUUGAUUGAUGAAUUAUAAUAUUAGUGUAGGAGAAUUAUAGACAAGUUAAUUAUUGCCGGCGAACUAUAUUAUGUAAGUAGGUACUUAUCACUUAUCAGGUCGAGUUCUGUGAAUUUUGCAGCGAAUCGCAAUUUAGCUAUACUAACAAACCUAUACGCCGUAUUUAGUUACUACAUAAUUAUGUAAAUGUCGCUUUGACAAAACCGCCUUGAAUUUUUUAUAAUGUACAUACGUUUACGGAAAUAUAAUAAAUCGUUAUCUAAACAGACCAUUUUGGAUUGGAAAAACAAUGCUCAUGUACAUACCUACAUACUACGUUGGUUACUAGGUAUUGUGUAUAAUGUAUAUAGUAAAUAAGUAGGUACUUACCAAUAAUACUAAGCGCCUGUGCAUAGGUAUACUGUACUCGAUCAUGUAGUUAUUUAUUAAAUUAGGAAACAAAUACGACAUAAGUUUGAUUUUAUUUAUUAGGUAGGGAAAUACAAGGGUAGGUACGAUAUGUAGGGGGGUAGCUACAGUUAAAAAUAACUUUUAAAAUACCAACUUACAACAAUUAAAGCUUAUUUAAAACUAACUUAUUAUCUAUUGAUAUUAUACUUACUUAAUUUAGAUUUUAAACAUAGAUACACUCACAAGCACAUUAUAUAUGAACUGGAUUGUUUAAUACAAAUGUGA